UCGAUUGCAAGAUGUGGAAAUGCCCGUUUGCUUUUCUUGGCAAUAAAGUUCAACAGGCGGAGGCGUACCCGGCUACAGACAUAUUGCAGUUGAAUUAUGAUUGCUAUCUGGAGAUUUUGUCCUACCUCAACACACUGGAGGAUCAACUUAAUUUCGCUCGUGCUCAUCCAAAACUUUGUGAAAUUUUUAUGCACCACGCCCGUUUUCGCUAUGCCAAAAUAAAUGUGAGAAUGCUGGAGUCCAUUGUGGAUUGGGAAUAUCUGCUUGAAUUGUGCGGAUCGAAUAUUCAGGAGUGCGAAGUGCGUUGUGGCAACUGGGAUAAGGACUUCGUGUUGCCGUUUAUGGCGCUGCUAGGCAAGCAUUGUACAAAUUUGUGGCACAUGCAUUUAAUAUUUGUACAAACUUAUGAAAUGACAUCAACCCAGGAGCCGGCUGAAAACCAGGAUAGCAUUAUGGAAAAGCUACAGGAACUUCGGGGCCUGCGUAGCCUGAGCCUGGGCUAUUCCAAUGCAACCCAGAUGAAGCAACUGCAGGACAUUAAUAAUCUGGAAUCAUUGUACAUACAUGGUAUCGAUGUGAAACUCAGCUCGUUAGACUUUGUGCAAGCAUUCAGCUCUAUGCAGCAACUAAGAACGCUCUCAUUGUAUUUCGGAUCUGCCUAUUCGCGUGCACAACAGGUACCGGAUUUGGCAACGCAUUGUCCGCUGCUGGAGCACCUGACAUUGUACAUGUUUAAUGCGAACUUAGUGGACUUGGGUGAUUUCGUGAACCUUAAGUCGUUGCACUUGAUUGCCCGCAGAAAUUUGGCUAUAGAGACUAGUUUAUACCGCUCCUUAACUACCAAAUAUGCAAAUCGCUUGCAGCUGCUUGAGAUAAAGAACGUUAAAAUAGAGCACCAUCAAGCCAAUUAUAUAGUAAGACUUAAAGCUUUGCGUGCCCUUCUCUGUGAUCGGUGGCCUAUAGUCGCUUGGCCUCUGCUUUCGCAACUAACCGAGCUGGAGUGUUUGCAGUUGAAAGAGCAUGUCGCCGGAGGUAACGAAAGCGCAAGCACUGAUGUACUGUUAAAUGUUAUUGCUGACCUGACAAAGCUUCGGCAUCUUAAACUGGGAAAGCAGUGGCCUAUUGACGACACCCUCGUGAGUGCUGUGCGCGAAGUACUAUGCAGGCGUACAGGAGCAAAAUCGGGGGAGGAGCACAUUCCAUUUGUUCUUACCCUGUCGUCGGAUCUGGCGCCCGAGCUUGAAAAUAAGUUGAGUGUAUUACGCUUGGGAUAUUUUUUGCGCGUUGACUUAAGCGGUAGUACCACAUGCCAGCACUGUAAGCUGGACGGACCGGACGAUGUUUAUCCAAAGCAGGUGCUUGGAAUUACCUGUUGGGACUAGACCUCACCUCACAGUGUGCCUGUUCAAUGGCAACGGUCAGCUUCAGUAUCCAAUCGUUAUAGGAUAUAUACCGACUCUCGAGCUCAGCCCGCUUUGUCUCAUAGUCAUAAAUGUCGGCGUGGAACGUGAGGGCUUGUGGUUCAAUGCUCAGGACGGGCAGCAAUGUGGACGUCGUUGAAUCCAGCUGAAGCUCGAACUUGGAAUUCCAUAAAAUGCAAGUCGUAAGCGAGUCAGCAAAGUAACGUUGCACUAUGUAAAUUAAUGAAAUAACAACAUCGAUUUGAUUAUCACGUGUUUUGAAGCAGUUAAUAGAAUUAAAAAUAAGCUCCAAUUGGAAAAAAGUAAUUAUCCAAUCUCUAUAUACAUGAAACUUACUGAGAAAAUUCAAAACUGAGGUCCAGUAGUUUUGAUUUGGUAGCAUGAUUGUCAUCUUUUGAGCCAAGAAACCACAAUCAACUUUUUAUAUGCGUUGGUUCUCGUGUUACUUGCAUAAGAAAUCAGCUAUUUAAUGGACUUAUUAACUGCAUGCACACAAAAAUAGUCAAUACUAUCGAAUCAAAUAUUUAUUGAAAUAUAAAGCAAAUAAAUAUAACCACUAUCGUAA